AUGGGGUAUGGCUGCAGGGGAGGGGACGCGGCCAACGACAGGAAGAAGGAGCAGGUCGUCGAGGACUACAAGCAGCAGGUUUCCUUUGACUGGAAGUCUGAAACUGAAGAUAGGGCAUAUUGUUUUGGUUCUGAGUGGCCGGAGAUAUUGUGGCUUGAUGUCCCUAUAGCAGUCGGAUACUUCCAAGAUAGGGUCGAAUUGCGCUAUAUUUCUUUCAUUGAGGCGAGGGUGAUUCCAGUAGGUGAGAUUUUGCUUGGCGUAUUCACCUUUUUUAUUGAAGUUGGGUGUCCGUCUUCUCUGCGGCAAGUGUCCCUUGAUGGUUCUCCACUUCAGACACUAAAGCUUCAUAUAAAAUCAGUACUGACAUGGUCAUUUUACAGUGUAAAAAUGAUCUAUGCUGUCGCGGCAACACAGGCCAAUACACAUUCAGGAAAUAUGUCACCAACUUCCCCAAGGUCCCGCAUCGUCUACUCAGGAUAUUCCGUGCCCCAAGCCCUACAGAAUAAUGCCCAGUCUAAUUUCAGCAGUGGGCAUGACAGCCUCAAACUUCUCUCUUCAAUAUUGAAAAAGCGGCUUACUCAGAUCAAUUGGCAUGCACUUAGAAAAAUAGCUAAAGAGUACGAGAUAUUCCUAGAGUAA